AUGUCAAACAUCGGUGGUUCCCAAUCGCGUUCACCUCCUCCCCCUCCUCGAGAAUACCCCCCAGCCGGAGAGAGGGAAUACGACGAUAGACCAGGAGGAGGGUUCAGCCGAGGUGGAUUCGCACCUAUACCUCAUCGACAUUCCGACUUACCUCCCAUUCCACCUCCACCUGCGAGAUUUGAGAGAGAUGAUUACGAUAGAGGAAGAAGGGAUAGAGAGUUUCCAAGAAGAGAGUUGGAUCCUGAUCCCGAGGACCGGUAUGAAAGGAGGGAAUGGGAUGAAUAUGGUAGGAGAGGAAGUCAUUGGGAUGAUGAUUAUGACCGCCCAAAGAGAAGACGAUCGCCUUCUCCUCUCGGACCUUCCCAUCGACAACGACUCCAUAGUCCAUCCCCUCCACCUCUCCAUUCCAGGUAUUCCAACAAUCUCCCUGAUCCAGCAUCGAUCGAGACUCUUCUCUCCUUCCGACAAUUCGCAGAAUGGUUCAGAGCUUCACAUCCUCAAACUGCUAAAGCAGAUGAGGAAGAAACUCGAAGGCAUAGAGAGCUGAUUGAAUCCGGUCAAGCAAAUGAACAUGAGGCGAAAGAGAAAGUGGGUAUGGCAAAGAGAUAUGAGAGGUAUAGGAAGGAAUUCCACUCUAGACAACUCUACGCCCUUUUCCUCACUCACAAAGACACAAUAUGGUUCCAAGAACGAUAUUCCCAUCUUCCUGAAUUCGUCGCAUUCAGAAGGAGACUGAAUCGUCAAGGUCGAGUACCCUUGGCUGAAAAGCAUUUAGAAGAGCUGAGAUCGGGCGUAUGGGAUACUGUAGAGUUUGACAUGGCUGAAUCAGAAAGCAAAUCUACGGAUAAAAAUGACAACGACGAACCCGAAGGUCUCGAUCGAGCUCUGGGAGAUGGAGGGAAUUGGGCUGGCGAUGAUACUCUACGGGCUGAAAUCGCACCUAAACCUAAACAAGUUUUUGUCAAGACCGCCCCGCCUACGACCAGCCGUAAGGAACUAGAAGAGCUUUUCGCCCGAGUACCUGGGUUCCAAUGGCUUGCGGUCUCUGAGCCCGCGCAAAAGAAAUCUUUCCAUCGUGUGGCUUGGGCGCAAUAUGCCGAUGAUGUGGAUAUAGGAGAUGUCAUCAAUAAGUUGGAUGGGCAGAAGAUCGACGGAUUCACUUUCCACAUGUCUGUCAACUCCACACCUACCAUUGGCCGAUUACGUGUCACCCCUUCUCUGUCAAAUACGCUAAACCGACUGAUCGGCGAUGGCGAAAAAGCGAAAGCAUUAGCGCUUAAAUUGGAAGAAGAGCUUUUGGGUGAUGAUGAUGAUGAAGACGAUAAAGCGGAAGUUGAGGGAGAAACGUCUGCUGCUAAAGCUGAAAAUGGAGAGAAGAAGGUGGCUGGGUUGAGGGAGAAAGUCAGUGAUACGGUUGAGGAGACUGUUCAGAGAUUGUUGGAAUCCAAUGGAUUAGUGGGAGAACAUCUGGAUGAGGAUAAGAAACUGCACCGAGCUAAGAUCAUACUGGAUCAAUGGCUCGCAUACCUUCGUCAUGGUCUCGCAACGUGUUAUUACUGCGUUGCACCCAUGUCGUUCGCUGAGGAAUUACAUAGGAAAUGUAUUGGUCAUAUGAGACCUCAUCCCAGUACGAUCUCCGAGCCUUCAUCCGAAGAGGUCAACGAGGUCAAUGGAGGUGAUCCUGUUGAAUCGGAACAACAGCCUGAACCCGAGGAUGCCAAUAGGAAUGGUGAAGGAGGCGAAGAUGCAGGAGGAGAUGAAGAUCGAGAAUUGAGAGAAACUGAACAACAAACCAAAGAGUCUUCGACAACGUUCAACAAAGAAGGUAAAGAACAAGGUAAAAAACAGUUCUUCCCUCAGAAGACUCAGGAUGAGAAAUGGGCAGAAGGAUUGGAUCAUAAGUUGAAACCUCUCCUGGAAGAUGUUGAUGUGGUAGAUUAUGGAGGUAGGGAUGUUGAAGCCGAAACGAAGAAAUUGUGCGCACCUCUGAUCAAGCAGGAAGAAGCUAGUAAAUAUAGAUGUAAAGAUUGUAACAAACUUUUCAGAGCACCUGAGUUUGUCAUCAAACAUAUUAUCGUGAAACAUCCUGAAAUUACCAAAUCCAAAAUUGAUGAUAUUUCUACACUUAACAAUUACGUUCUUGAUCCCCAGCAUCUUCAACCAUCCCUAUCAACUCCAGCAGCAGUAGACGACAAGUUACUAUCUUCCUCUAUACCUAUACCGAUCAUGCCUAUACCUCAAGGAGCCUUCAACCCCUCGACGAAUACUCAAGGAGGAGCGCCAGAUAUGAACAUGAUGCAACAGCAGAUGAUGAUGAUGAUGCAAAUGCAACAAGCCAUGUUGAUGGGUAUGCCAGUUAUGAACCCUCAAAUGGGAUUUAACAAUUUGCCCCAUCACUCUCAUUCGGGAAGAGGUGGUGGUGGGAAUGAUUUAGCUUCUAGGAUGGGUGGAUAUGCUCCUCCUCCUUCAUCUGGUAAUGGAUCACGUGAUGGUGAUGGCAGUGGGGGAUUACCAUCUGCUCCUCCAGGUGGAGAAGAUCCAAGAGCGAGAAGAGGUAGAGUGAGUUAUACGGAUUUGGAUGAACCUUCCGCUGGAGGUGGGGGAGGAUUACCAUAUUAG